CGGGGGAAAAGGGACCGAGGGACGUCCAGGCGGGAACCUCUGCUGCACGUGGGCAGGUGCUGGCUGGCCUCGGGGCCAACUUUUGCAGCCCGCGUUCCGGAGUAGGCAGAGGGGCGGCGCGGCGUGGAGAUGGGCCCCGCGGCGGCCCCGGCACCGUUCCCUGGCCGUCGCCUAACGGUCCCAGGCGCACCGCGCCCGGGUGGGGGCGUUGGUGGAUACGCCGGGCCCUUCUCCGCGCCGCGGGAGCCCCUCACAAAGCCCGCGGCGCGGGGAGGCCGCCGCCCCAGGAGCUGCCGGCAGCCGGGCUCCGUCUCUGGCGGGCGGCAGCAGACGUUUGUUUGUUGCUUGCGCGCCGCCUUCCGCGCCGGAUGGCUUCCUGUGACAGAGGCUGCCUGCUGUUUCCCGGGGAGAUCAUGAAACGAGGUCGCCUUCCCAGCAGCAGUGAGGAUUCUGACGACAAUGGCAGCCUGUCAACAACAUGGUCUCAGAAUUCUCGAUCUCAGCACAGGAGGAGUUCCUGUUCCAGGCAUGAAGAUCGAAAGCCUUCAGAGGUGUUUAGGACCGACCUGAUCACUGCCAUGAAGUUGCAUGACUCCUAUCAGCUGAACCCAGAUGAGUACUAUGUGCUGGCAGAUCCCUGGAGACAGGAAUGGGAGAAAGGCGUCCAGGUGCCCGUGAGCCCGGGGACCAUCCCGCAGCCUGUGGCCAGGGUUGUGUCUGAAGAGAAAUCCCUCAUGUUCCUGAAGCCCAAGAAAUACAUCGUGUCCUCAGGCUCAGAGCCACCAGAGUUGGGCUAUGUUGAUAUCCGGACGUUGGCGGACAGCGUGUGUCGAUAUGACCUUAACGACAUGGAUGCUGCGUGGCUGGAAUUGACCAAUGAAGAAUUUAAGGAGAUGGGGAUGCCUGAACUAGAUGAGUACACCAUGGAAAGGGUCCUAGAGGAAUUUGAACAGCGAUGCUACGAUAAUAUGAAUCAUGCCAUAGAGACAGAAGAGGGGCUGGGAAUUGAAUAUGAUGAAGAUGUUGUCUGUGAUGUUUGCCAGUCACCUGAUGGUGAGGAUGGCAAUGAGAUGGUAUUCUGUGACAAAUGCAACAUCUGUGUGCACCAGGCUUGCUAUGGAAUCCUCAAGGUGCCAGAGGGCAGUUGGCUAUGCCGGACAUGUGCCCUGGGAGUUCAGCCAAAAUGCUUGCUGUGUCCCAAGAAAGGUGGAGCCAUGAAACCCACCCGCAGUGGAACCAAGUGGGUCCAUGUCAGCUGUGCCCUUUGGAUCCCUGAGGUGAGCAUUGGCAGUCCUGAAAAGAUGGAGCCCAUCACAAAGGUGUCUCACAUCCCUAGCAGUCGAUGGGCGCUUGUGUGUAGCCUCUGCAAUGAGAAGUUUGGAGCCUCCAUACAGUGUUCUGUGAAGAACUGCCGUACAGCCUUCCAUGUCACCUGUGCUUUUGACCAGGGCCUGGAGAUGAAGACCAUCUUGGCAGAGAAUGAUGAAGUCAAGUUCAAGUCCUACUGCCCAAAGCACAGUUCGCAUCGGAAACCUGAGGAGGGCCUUGGUGAUGGGGCCACACAGGAGAAUGGGGCCCCCGAGUGUUCCCCCCGGAACCCUCUGGAGCCCUUUGCCAGCAUUGAGCAGAAUCAAGAAGAGGCCCAUCGGGUGAGUGUCCGCAAGCAGAAGUUGCAGCAGCUGGAAGAUGAGUUCUACACCUUCGUCAACUUGUUGGAUGUGGCCAGGGCCUUGCGACUGCCUGAGGAAGUAGUGGAUUUCCUGUACCAGUACUGGAAGUUGAAGAGGAAGGUCAAUUUCAACAAACCCCUGAUUACCCCAAAGAAAGAUGAAGAGGACAAUCUAGCCAAGCGGGAGCAGGAUGUCUUGUUUAGGAGGCUGCAGCUGUUCACGCACCUGCGGCAGGACCUGGAGAGGGUUCGGAACCUCACUUACAUGGUGACCCGCAGAGAAAAGAUUAAGCGAUCUGUGUGCAAAGUCCAGGAACAGAUUUUCAGUCUUUACACUAAGCUCUUGGAGCAAGAAAGAGUUUCAGGUGUGCCUUCUUCUUCCUGCUCCUCCUCCUCUCUGGAGAACAUGCUUUUAUUCAACAGUCCUUCCGUGGGCCCCAAUGCUCCCAAGAUAGAGGACUUGAAGUGGCAUUCUGCAUUCUUCAGGAAACAAAUGGGUACUUCCUUGGUUCAUUCACUGAAAAAAUCCCAUAAGCGAGAUCCAUUGCAGAGUAGCCCUGGCAGUGAGGGCAGGCCUCCACUAAAGCAGCCAGAUCUGUGUGGUGGAAGGGAAGGGCUGGUAGUUCCAGAAAGUUUUCUCAGUUUUGAAAAGACUUUUGCAGAUGCACGUCUCAUACCAUCAGCACAACAGAAAAAUGGCGUGGUGAUGCCAGACCACGGGAAAAGAAGAGACAAUCGUUUUCAUUGUGAGCUCAUUAAAGGAGACUUAAAGGACAAAUCUUUUAAACAGAGUCACAAGCCUCUCAGGUCCACAGACACAUCCCAGAGGCAUCUGGACAACCCAAGAGCUGCCAUCUCUUUUGGAGUGGGGCAGUCAGCACCUGGCACUAGAAAGGAGAUUGUGCCCAAGUGCAAUGGUUCCCUAGUCAAAGUAAGCUACAAUCAGACUGCAGUCAAAGUGCCUACCACACCUGCCAGCCCUGUGAAAAACUGGGGAGGAUUCCGGAUUCCAAAGAAAGGGGAACGGCAGCAGCAAGGAGAGGUCCACGAAGGGGCCUGCCACCAGCACUCAGACUACCCCUAUCUGGGUUUAGGCCGAGUUCCAGCCAAGGAUAGGGCAAAGAGCAAAUUAAAAUCUGACAAUGAGAAUGACGGGUAUGCCCCUGAUGUGGAAAUGAGUGACUCAGAGAGUGAAGCAUCAGAGAAGAAAUGUAUACAUGCCAAUAGCACUAUCAGCAGGAGGACAGACAUCAUCAGGAGAAGCAUCUUGGCCUCUUGAUGAAACAGAAGGCACAGAAGCAUGUGGUUUGUUGCUGGCCGUGCUGGAGGAGAGCUCUGUUACGGGCACAAGCAGAAACCCAUUACUUCUGAGCUACACAAAACAUCUAUUUACUUACAAUUCAGAUUUGAAUUUUUUUCCAAAGUCAUAUAAAUCAUUGUUGUGGAAAUUUGUGUUAUUUGCAACUUGUUGAGGAAACAGAAUAGAUUGUAACCACAAGACACUGCUAAGAUUAGAACUUGAACAUGAAAAAAAGGGCCAGGCUUAAAUAAGCAUUGUGAAUUUUUAUUGCCCUCUACGUUCUUCCCAAAGCACAAACUCUUGGAUAUCUGAAUAUAGAAUCAGAUAUAAUUCUGUAUCAAUACUAAUUAUAGAACUCUCAUGUAUCAUUUAUAGCCCAUGAAGCUUAUUUUCUAGGACUGACACAUUUUGGCCUAUGGGUUUUAUAUGGCAUGAGCAGCAGAUGGCAGCAGCUCUGAAGCUCCAGCAACACUAGGGAUUCUUGUACAUACGGCAGUCAGGGAAGAUAAUUUACAAAAUGGUCAUUACUGGAAGAGUGAGGGACAGAGCUGCUAGAGUGGUGAUUUAGGGUCAGUGUAACAAGGUCCUACAGAUGAAGCCCCUGUAUGGGUUGUGAACAUAGGACUGGUGGAGAGGAAAGCUGUUAAGAAAGUUCUGUCUGUGAGGGGGCAGCUGAGGUCCAAUUUAAACCAGUACUCUAGACCUUCCAUUUCCCUAAUUGCUGACCCUUGGGCCAGCUUGGGAUUUCCAUGGCCACUGCCAGUACUCUGCCAUUUGGCUUCCAAGAAUACAAUGACUACUCAAGUUCAAGUGAUGAACUUCUAGACUCUGGUGACUCGUACCUCCCAGAGCCAACCACUAGCGCAUAUGUUGGGGAAUCCAGGCUUUCACCACGAGCGGAUUUCUUAAAGCAAAAGGAAAAAAAAAGAGUGAGAGAGAGAAGAAAAAAUUAUAUUUUCAAAACAAUAGAAAGGCAAUAAGUUACAGUUAAGUUCUUACAUGGACCAAGGUUAUACAAGAAAGAAGUCAGAGUGUGCCCUUGAAUGGAUUUUCUGGAGUCAGAGUUCUAAACUCUAAUUUGUUAACUUGGACUUUCGAAUUGCAAAUGGCAAUAACUAGAAAGUUAUCAGCAAUAAUAAAUUUAGCAUUAAAUUUGAGUACAAUGUUGUUUUUACACUCAUGUAGUAUGUAUUCAGACAAGUGGAUAGUGUUAAGUCUUGUUAAUUUUCUUUGGAAUUCAAUGUAGUUGUGAAUCAUCCUUAAGGAAAGUUUAAAUAGCAAUGAGAUUUAGAAUUAUGGGCAUCUGGAAUAAGCCCAAUUUCCCCUAAACUACCCGUAGAGUUUGUUAAAUCAGUGUUCAGAUUCCUGAUUUAUACAUCUGUUUCCAUGUGGCAGGGAUAUUCUGAUACUUAAUGAGCAAUGCUUUGAGUUCUGUAGAAACUUUCAAGUCUUCCAGAUGAUUGUCAACAACAGAAAAAGGCUUACUGAAUUCCAUCUUGCUAUGCAAGUUUUAUCAGAUGAUCAAAUGAUAGAUCUGAUGCAUCCCAUUGUAUGUAUGAUGUUUUCAAACCAAGUCUUAACUUUUCCAGUACAUUGUAGUAGCUAAUUCAGGGGAGGGAAAGAAUGACCCAGGUUUUAGAUUGACUAUUUUUGAGCUAUGUGGCUCCUUUUGAAACUACUGUCCAGGUCAGCUUGUUGCUACAGAUAUUAGAAGGUUCUUAAGAAUCCAAGUUGUACUUUCACUCGUAGCCUAAUUUAAAAGUUAAGUGUUUCGCAUUUGAGCAUAAACCUUUUGCUAGAUACAGGAGAAGGUUGGACUCUUAUUUAAUUAUCUUUUGAUUACAGCAACAGCUCUGGGUGAGAGUAGAAUUUAUAGAGGGAUAAUUUGUGAAGCCAUAGAAAGAAAACCUAAAUUAAUCUAGUGAGUAUAUGGCCUCUCACCAUUUUAAGAGGCACCAGAUUCAUUUGCACUAUGAGGAAUGCUAGUUUUGUGCAAAAAUAAUGCCUUACCUAUUUUUUCCCCACAUUUAGGUUGAAAAGCUUUCAAAUGUUCCAAGUUAUGCUGAACCAAAAAACAAAACAAAAUGAAAACAAAAAAAUAAUAAAAAAAUCCCACACAAAAACAAAACACAAAAAAUAAAAAGCCCACACUUUUUAUUCCUGCUUUGAAAUGCAAAUGGUAUAGAGCACGGUUUCUCUGACAGUGUAAUGAUAGCUUUGUAAGUUAGUUUCAUGUCAUGCUGGGAACUUUGUAUGAGGCAGCCAUAAGCAGUGGCAGCCUAUCUACCCACCUGCAUUCUUUUAGUAUGGAGUCAUUUGCUUUUUGUUUGUUUGUUCUUUUUAAUCUUUCCUUGUGCAUCCUGACCAAGAAGUUUUGAUUAUGAUCAGUGUAUUAUGUCAAAAUGUAGGCUAGUUAAACUUUUGUAAAGUUGCCUGGAAUGUCAUUUGUUAGGUUAUAAACACAAAAUCUAAAUGAAGGGUUUUAUGUGUUGUGUAAAAAUCUUAAUUAUUUUAAAAAAAUGGACAAAUUUGUCAUUACAUUUGUAACCUUGUACAGAGAUUUUUCACUAUGUGCCUAGCUUGGUGUCCAUUCAGCUAAAAUUGAAAAAAAAAAAGGUGCAUGAAGAGUUAAAAUCAGAAAUUAAAGUAUAUGUAGAGAUGACUAUUUUAUAUCACAUGGCCCAAUCCUGUAUUUAUUUCUACCCUCUUUUUGAAAGUAUUUAUAAAACUAGUUGAGGACAGCUGUAUUUUUUGUUGAACUAUUUAGUAGAAUUUGUGCCUUUUUGUCUGUAUGUGAAUAAAUGCUGUACAUUUUGCAAUACA